CCUAGACGACUUGGGGUGUUACACACUCCCCUCACUGUACCUAAUUUUUAUUUUAUUGUGGUUUUUGCAUGUACUUGAAGGGCUCUGCCCCGCCAGAUCGAUUGAGCUCUUGGGGUUUUGACUUGGCUGUGCGGCAGUGAGAUAAGGACCUCCUGAAUGUGCAAAUCUUUCAGCGAAACUCAUCUCAAGCUAGUUGCCUCUAUCCUUGAUGCAGCAAAAGUCGGUGGCAACGCGUAAGAUUCUUGAUACCCUCCUCAUCAGGUUAGCCGGAUAGGAUCCUUGAUCAGCAGCACCUACAUCUAGGAUUUCUUUAGUUUGAACUUGGGCUUUUGUUGGGUUAUGGGUGCAUUACUAGUUGUUAUCUUGGUUUGGGCUUAGGUGCCUUUCCUGUUAUGCUUGGACCUUGGACCCCAUCUGUGAUGCCUCUUUUCCAUUAAUGCUAAUAUCUCCUAAAGGGUUGGUCGUUCAUUAAAAAUGCGGUGUUCUGUGUCCAUGCUUAAAUUCAUUGAUAAUUUGGCUAUACUCACCCCAGAUAAUCCUCUCAUCUCAUUAUUUUAUCAGCGCUCACUGCUAAAGUGCGCUGUUGUUGCACAACGAACUACGAAGCUCUGAGUUUCGGGCUUAAAAACCCUGCACCGAAACUCGCGGCCUAGAAACACCCGUGCGCUAUGUCCUCGAGGUACAUGAUAAUUUAUCCCCAGUAUGCAUUACUAUCAUACGCUGGAUAAGAAAUGUCACUUAAAACCUAGACAAACACCCUAAUUCUCUCCCCCCUUCGCUCUCCCUCUCUUCUUAUUUGGUUUCUUUGAAGAAGGGAAAUUCAAAACAGUCUCUUGGAGUUCAACAGGUUCAUUUUAUUUUCAUCUUUUAAAUUUUACCUUUACAUGCACUCUAUUUUGUCAAUUUCUUGAAGCUGGGGUAUCUUCAAAAUUCAAUCACUAUAGAAGCAAAAACCCAUUUUACAGUUUCACCUAUAGAAAAUCUUGAAUCUAGGGUUUAGAUGAGCUCUUCUUUGCAGCUUCAAUGAUAGGGAAAUGCUGUAUAAUUGAGCUUCAUGUUUUUGUUAUAUAUUUGUUCUGUCAAGUGGGUAUUGUUAAUCUGAAUCUUUGUUGAAAUGGGUAAUGUGGAAAUACCCAAAUGGCUUAAAGAUUUGCCCUUGGCCCCCGAGUUCCGGCCUACUGAUACUGAAUUUGCAGACCCAAUUGCUUAUAUAUCGAAAAUUGAGAAGGAAGCUAGUGCCUUUGGUAUAUGUAAGAUUAUACCUCCCUUGCCUAAACCUUCCAAAAGGUACGUUUUUUAUAACUUGAAUAAAUCCCUUUCCAAAUGUCCGGAAUUGGGUGAUGGUGUGGAUUUGUCAAAUGCUUCUUCCUCAUUGAAAACGGGUUUAGCGGAUUGUACUAAUGAAGGGGAGGUUAGAGCUGUAUUUACGACCAGGCAUCAGGAGUUGGGACAGGGUAUGAAGAGAACAAAAGGGAUGGUUAAGGAGAGCCCCCAAUUGGGUGUUCAUAAGCAAGUAUGGCAAAGUGGGGAGAUUUACACAUUGGAACAAUUUGAGUCUAAAUCCAAGGCUUUUGCAAGGAGUUUGUUGGGUAUGAUUAAGGAGGUUAAUCCAUUGGUUAUAGAAGCAUUGUUCUGGAAAGCAGCUUCAGAGAAGCCUAUCCAUGUGGAAUAUGCAAAUGACGUGCCUGGGUCGGGUUUUGGAGAGCCAGAGGGUCAGUUUCGGUAUUUUCAUAGACGAAGAAGGAAGAGGGCAUCAUAUAAGUCGUAUAGAAGAAGGAGUACAGAAAGUUCUGAUUGCAAGAAAAAUGAAAUGGAUAAUGUAAAUAAUUCAUGUAAUGAUGAAAUUAAGGGUGCUGCUUUUACGAAUGACCCAAGUACAUCCUCAGGACCAAUACCCACAUCAUCUAUUACUUCUUCAACCUCCAUUUUGGAGGAUAAUUUGAGAUCUUCUAAGCGAAAAAGUGUUAAUGCUACCAGUGAUAUGGAAGGUACUGCAGGUUGGAAGCUUUCUAACAGCCCUUGGAAUCUGCAAGUAAUUGCACGCUCACCUGGGUCAAUUACGCGAUUCAUGCCAGACGAUAUCCCAGGUGUUACUUCCCCUAUGGUUUAUAUUGGUAUGCUGUUCAGUUGGUUUGCUUGGCAUGUUGAAGAUCAUGAGCUUCACAGCAUGAAUUUUCUGCAUACUGGCUCUCCAAAGACUUGGUAUGCUGUCCCCGGAGAUUAUGCAUUUGCAUUUGAGGAAGUUAUCUGUACUGAGGCUUAUGGUGGCAGUAUUGAUCGCUUAGGUGCUCUGACAUUGUUGGGUGAGAAGACAACCCUUUUGUCACCUGAGGUGGUAGUUUCAUCCAGCAUUCCUUGUUGUAGGUUAAUACAGAAUCCUGGUGACUUUGUUGUGACUUUUCCACGUGCUUAUCAUGUAGGAUUCAGCCAUGGUUUUAACUGUGGGGAAGCGGCUAAUUUUGGAACUCCACAAUGGCUUAAAGUAGCCAGGGAAGCUGCAGUACGCAGAGCUGCCAUGAAUUAUCUUCCCAUGCUUUCCCAUCAGCAGCUGCUAUACCUGUUGACUAUGUCUUUUGUUUCCAGGGUACCUAGAUCACUGCUACCAGGUGCACGGAGUUCUCGUCUUAGAGACCGUCUGAAAGAAGAAAGAGAGUUGUCAGUGAAGAAGGCUUUUAUAGAAGAUAUAUUGAAAGAAAACGGUAUUUUAUCUGUUCUUCUUGGGAAAGAUUCCGCUUACAAUGUGGUAAUAUGGAACCCUGAUUUGUUGCCGUGUGCAAGUAAAGAGUCUCAGUUGCCUAUUACUAUUGCUACCACAUCAGAAGAAAAUGUUUUGCAUGCUCAUUCUGAAGAUAAAAGUGGCACUACUGGGAAUGAUCUGUUUAAGGAGAUGAGUUUGUAUAUGGAAUCUCUCAAUGAUUUAUAUGUGGAAGAUGAUGAUUUAUCAUGUGAUUUUCAAGUUGAUUCAGGAACAUUGGCAUGUGUGGCUUGUGGGAUACUUGGUUUUCCAUUUAUGUGUGUGGUGCAACCAUCUGAGAGGGCAUCAAUAGAACUUCUUCCAGUGGAUCAUCCUUUGGUUCAAGAAAGAUCAAGGGUUGAAAAAUCUGAAAAUUGUCAUUCCUCUGUAGCCUGUGGUGGCUCUAUCAAGUGCUCUGUUCCAGAUGAUCUCCAUCCUGUGCCUGACCUUUUUCUUCCUCUGACGGAUCUGCCAAUGCCCAGAGGGUGGAAUAAUUCUAGUAAAUUUCUGAGACCUCGGAUUUUCUGCCUGGAGCAUGCUGUCCAAAUUGAGGAAUUGUUGCAGUCUAAAGGUGGAGCAAACAUGCUUAUAAUUUGCCAUUCAGACUCUCAGAAAAUAAAGGCACAUGCUACCGCCAUUUCAGAGGAUAUUGGCACUCCUUUCAAUUACAAUGAGGUUGCACUAGAAAAUGCAUCCCAGGAAGAUCUGAACUUGAUAUGUCUCGCAAUUGAUGAUGAAGACCAUGAUGAAUGUGGAGAAGAUUGGACUUCAAGAAUGGGGAUCAACUUACAGUGCUGUGUAAAGGUUAGAAAGAACGCUCCAUCUAGUAAAGUUCAGCAUGCUUUAGCAUUGGGGGGGCUAUUUUCUGAUGAAAGUCCAUCUAGUAAAGUACAGCAUGCUUUAGCAUUGCGGGGAGUAUUUUCUGAUGAAAGUUCCAGUUCAGAUUUCUUAAAUAUCAAAUGGCAAUCCAGAAGAUCAAGGUCAAGAACCAAGUUAAAUUCGCACGCUCACUGUAAGCCAUGUGACACUGUUGAAACAAACAAAGAUUGUGCAUUGGGGGGAAGGUCAGGUAGAGCCAAUAUUGAAAAGGGGGAAAAACUCAUUCAAUAUACAAGAAGGAAGUACAAGGUUAAAAUAGAUUGUUCUGCAAGUUGGGGUCAAGGCUGCCCCAGAAAUCAUGUGAUGGAAGAAGUUUCAGUUUCUGAUUGUCAAGAUCAUGUGAAGCAUUAUGGAAAAACAUCCAAGAUUAGUCCUUCUAAUGUUGAGACAAGUGGAAGUGAUUCUGCAGGAUUUGAUUUCUCUCGCCUUGGAAUGUCUGGAAUGCUGCAUGAAGUGAAGGUGCUUGAAGCAACUGGUGAUAUGAGCUUGAAUUCUGCACCUCUACAUGUUGCAGGCUCCCUUCUAACUGCUAAUGUAGCUGUUGAGCAUGUGGGGGAAGUUGAGAAUCAAACUUUGGAAGAAUCAAAUGGCUAUGAGAUUUUAUGCAAUGUAGCAGCCUGUGGUAGUUUGGGGAUGCAGCGCAAAGAAAGGGUCACUGCAGGAACCUGUCAGGUUGAGGAUUCUAAUGCCAUUGAAUGCUCUAGUCCAUGUGUCAUUGCAGCUGAUGAAAGAUCUGGGAUGCAAGGAGAGUGUCAAAUAAUGGAAAAGUUCAACCUCAGGAAUGAGACUUGUAAUAUGGUUUCUGAAGGACAGCACAAAGUCCUGGCUAGUAGAGAUGUUUUGGCAAAUGAGAUUACUGGUCUUGCUGCUCCAGCAAGUUUACAUGCUUGUACACCUGUGGGACAAAUGGAGAAUGUAGUUGUAGAGAAAUCUUGCAUGAAUAAUGAGAUUAGUGAUUGCGUCACUUUGGGCAAUGAAGUGCAAGUAGAUCUUCAAACUGGCAAAGGUAAAGGUAGCCAGAGCAUUUUAUUUGAUGACACAUCAAUAAAUCAGCUUGCUUCCUCGUUGGAAGAAAAGGCUGAAUUUUCACAAGAGACCUGUUUUUCAGAAGAUAAACUGCAGCAUGAAGUUCAAUUUACUGGUGGAAUUAAUGGGGAGGAACUCAUUCUGAGUAAUGUUAGAUUGGUAAAUCACCCAAAUCAUGUCUCUGUGGAUGAAUGUUCUGAAAUUUCCAGGGAGCCCUGUGCAGCAGUCAAAUUUUGCAAUGGUGCGACUUCAGAGAAUGGAGUGCUGCAGGCAAUUCAGACCACAAAUGAAAGGAAGGCAGAACAUAUCUUGUGUUCUGUAACACAAAUGGAAGUAGAACAGCCUACUACAGCUUCAGUGGAAGGAUUUCCUGAAGUUAUUGGAGGGAGCACAGCUAAAGAAGACUUGUGCACUAUCUCAAGUUCUGAUUCUGAAAUGCUAUUAAAAGUUCCAAUUGCUAACAGAAGCAAGGUGGAAGAACUAGUCCCAAAUCCCCCUACUCAAAUGCAAGAUCCAUUUGUUCCUGUUGCAGUGGAAGAAUAUUCUGAAGCUCCUAGAGAGAAAUGUACUGCUGAAGAUAAUAAUGAUGUUAAUUUAGACACUGAAGUGCAGCAGGAAAUUCACUUAGAUGAUGGGGUGACUAGAGAUGAUGAAGCGCCCGAAAUACGUAAGACUAUAAUUGCGAGUAAUGAGGAGGAACCUCUUUCUAGCCAAGUUACACAGAUAUAUCAACCUAAUCCAGAACCAUUUAAAAAAUGUUCUGGAACUGAUGAAGAAUUCUGCACCAUUGAAAAUAUGCUCAAGGGCCAAGAAGUUUGUUCAUCAUAUGAACUGGAAAGCAACAAAUCCACUGUGGUAGAUCCUGGAUCAACUGCUGGGAAGAGCAGAAAAAGAAAAAAUGAAGUUGAUCAGUUAACAGACAAUAAAUUAAAUUGCAAUGGCUUUAUUAAAAGCCCAUGUGAAGGAUUGAGGCCGAGGGCUGGGAAAGAUGCAACAUGUAGUAAUGAGAUGAAUAUUAGAAAAUCAACUCAGGAUAAUCCACCAAGAAAGAAGGCCAGAAAACCUUCUGAUAUUUCAGUUCCUUGCACAAAAAAGAAAGAAAUCAUGAAGAGAUCUCACAAGUGUGACCUGGAAGGCUGCACCAUGAGUUUUAAGACAAAGGCAGAGCUACAGUUGCACAAACGCAACCAGUGCCCAUAUGAAGGGUGUAGGAAGAAAUUUAGCACCCACAAAUAUGCAAUAAUUCAUCAACGUGUUCACGAAGGUGAUAGACCCCUCAAGUGCCCAUGGAAGGGUUGCUCCAUGUCAUUCAAGUGGGCAUGGGCUAGAACUGAGCAUAUACGGGUGCAUACUGGAGAGAAGCCAUACAAGUGCAAGGUUGAAGACUGUGGCCUCUCUUUCAGGUUUGUAUCAGACUUUAGCCGGCAUAGGAGAAAAACAGGACACUAUGUGAAUACACCUGCCUGAAGAUUUGUCGUAUUCAGGCUGGAAUCUGUAUCAUAUGGAAACGGGGGAUUGGAUUUUGGGGGCCAAAGAGGCCUACCAAAUCAUGUAUAAACUCGAGCAUUCCACACAGGUGUAGGCUAGAGUUAAACUGAUCCUUUUGUAGGCAGGCAUUCUCCAAUUAUUUGAAUGCAAUGAUAGUUGAAAACCCUUUGUGUUU